AUGUCUUGAAAUAAACCUAAUAAGAUAUCACAUGACUAUAUUUUUAUUUAGCAAAUUAUCAAACCUAGUUAAAGUGGAGCAUAUAAAUAGUAUAAAGGUCAAACUGCUGAUAGUUAAAAGAAAAAAAAAGUACAAAUUAUAAAAAGUUGAUAUUAAAAAAUUAAAUUAAUUACUGAGAGGAAUCCAGGAGAAAGAAAAUGAAAACAAAUACAAGCCACAAGAUAGAAAACUUAUUAUCCAAGAGAAGAGAAAAAAGACCACACUAGAAAGUGAGGUGUAAGGAAAAAGUAAGAGAUAUUAUUCAACAAUGUCUUCUUCUACCUCAUUUUCUUCUCCAGAUACACUUGCUAAUCGUACCAAUGUCUUUGAUAAUGGAAGUUAUCCCACUGCCCUUCUUAGAAUCAAAGCAGAAAGCCAUUUCAACAACACUAAGACAAUCCCGCCACCGAAGCCGUUGUUGAUCGGAACUCCGUCGUGUUUAAAGGGUGGCGAGUUCCCGGUGUUGCUGAUGCUUCAUGGAUAUGUUUUAUACAACGAUUUCUACUCACAGCUCAUUCAUCAUGUUGCUUCUCAUGGCUUUGUGGUUAUUGCUCCACAGCUAUACUCCGUUGCUGGACCAGAUUCAAGAGAUGAAAUAGAAGCCACAGCUGCUGUUAUAAACUGGUUAUCAGAAGGCUUAAAAGACGUACUUCCAUCGAAUGUACAACCAAACUUACACAAGCUAGCACUUUCUGGCCAUAGUCGCGGAGGCAAGGUAGCAUUUGCACUAGCAUUAAACAAAAUAACAGCAUCUCCUCUCAAAAUAUCAGCUUUGAUUGGCAUAGACCCAGUUGAUGGGAUGGGAAAAGGAAACCAAACACCGCCUCCAGUUUUAACAUACGUACCACAAUCUUUUGACCUUAAUGGAAUGCCUGUGCUUGUGAUUGGUUCGGGUUUUGGUGAAAUCAAGAAGAACCCUUUGUUCCCUCCUUGUGCUCCGAAAGGAGUAAACCAUGAGAAUUUUUUCGAGGAAUGUCAAAGUCCUGCUUGGUAUUUUCUUGUGAAAGACUAUGGUCAUCUCGACGUGCUAGAUGAUGAUACUAAGGGAGUCAGGGGAAUUACUACUUAUUGCUUGUGUAAAAACGGGAAAUGUAGAGAGCCUAUGAGAAAGUUUGUUGGAGGGGUGAUUGUUGCCUUUUUAGAUGCUUACAUACAAGGAGAUGAUACCAAGCUUAAUUCUAUUAGAGACCACGAUGAAACUGUCCCUGUGGUUUUUGACAAGGUUGAUGUUCGUAAUUUUUAAGCCCGUGUGAUGUAUGGAUUGUAUAAUACUCGUAUUAUAUUGUUUAUGAAUUAGCUUGUAAGAUAUUUUAUAUCUUUAGAUAUCCUUUAUUUGCUUUGGUGUAAAUAGAAUACAGACUAAGAGGGCGUUUGGUUAGUGUUUGGAUUGAAAACGAGUUCGAUUAUAUCGAUAC